AUGGCCACCAGCGGCCCCACGGCCACCAGCGGCCCCACGGGCCCCAGCACCAGUGGCCCCACGGGCCCCAGCACCAGCGGCCCCACGGCCACCAGCGGCCCCACGGCCACCAGCGGCCCCACGGCCACCAGCGGCCCCACGGGCCCCAGCACCAGCGGCCCCACGGACACCAGCGGCCCCACGGACACCAGCGGCCCCACGGGCCCCAGCACCCCCACGGGCCCCAGCACCAGUGGCCCCACGGCCACCAGCGGCCCCACGGCCACCAGCGGCCCCACGGACACCAGCACCAGCGGCCCCACGGCCACCAGCACCCCCACAGGCCCCAGCACCCCCACGGGCCCCAGCACCAGUGGCCCCGCAGGCCCCAGCACCACCACGCCACCCACAACCUUGGGUAUUAAGAAGUUCUACCUCAAUUACCACAUCACAAACAAGAACUUCAUUCCAGAAAUGUAUGAUUCCCAAUCUAAUGCCUUCAAGAAGAUUAACGCUACGAUUGAUACAAUAUAUCAAGAAGUUUACGGCUGUCCUACAUGUCCUAAUAACCAGUACUACCGGGGAUACAGACUGUUAGCACUCAGACCAGGCUCAGUGGCGGUAAUUACAGAGCAGAACUAUGAUGAGACAACCAGUAACACUAUCAAUGAAAAUGUCCUGGCUGCACGUCUGAGAGAUUCCAACAGCACAAUCUUGCAGGGUUUGGAGCUGCGCGACAUUACAGCAAGCACCGAACCAAUACCCUUCCCGUCCCCGAAUCCUGACCGUACCGAACCUGUCCCAGGCUGGGGCAUUGCUCUCCUCGUCCUGGUUUGCUUCCUUGUCCUGGUGGUCCUAAUCUUCCUUCUCGUGCUGGUCAUCCGUUGGUGUCGCCGAAGCCAGCGUGGCAACCUAGACUUGCUCAGCUCCCGAGACUCCUACCACCCCAUGAACGAGUAUCCGACGUAUCACACACACGGAAGGUACGCUGCUCCCCCAAACAAGCCAGAGAACCUAGCCAACAAUGGGACCAGCCCGUUCUCCUAUACCAACCCAGCCAUGGCCAACGACAACUUGUAGGAGGAGGCCCGAUUCCUACAAGUGGACUCUGAAGCGGAUGGGUGAGCAGACAGGAUCUGGCUGGGCCAGGUUGUGAUUCAGGAACCACAAGGGAAAGCAUUGACGGGGAAACCGCUGGGAUGAUCCGGUGAGCAGGACCCGUUCGUGGGAACUGCAGUGUCCCGGCAUGAAGACAGCCAUUCUCCUACUCACUUAACUGGCUACGGGCAAUCUGCCCCCACAAGUCCUUUUAAAGCAAAACAGAAAUAAAAAUCGAAGCGCUCGUCAAUGAGUACGUCGUGGGGAGACCAACUAGUUACGUUGGGAGAUUUAUUCACAAGGCUUCGCCGCCUCGAGCACGGAGCAUUGCUGGGCAACGGAACUCACUGCCACAAGGUCUGCACAAUCAUCAAGGGAACCUCCACCGCUGGACAAGUCAACCAGAAAGCAGCCCCAAAGAGACAAUAACCUUGGGACAAGCUUUCCUGGCCAACGAUUUCGAAGAACUGGGUUCCUGGUCAUUAACAUCAUUAGAAGUCUGUUGAUUCCCCACCCCCACCCCUGCUAUUUUAUUUGUAAUGUUUAUUCUGUUUUCAAGAUAAGAUGUAAAGUGUACAUAAUAUAUUAUGCUUAUCUAUUGCCAUUUCGGGAACACGUGUCGAGUUUGAAAUACCCGGGUUUCUUCUGGGGAUGCGCCCCACAUCUCUCUAAUCAGGGGAGGAGAGAGUGCAAUCCUUAAAACUGCUGGGUUCCAAUUCCUUCUCCCCCAACACUCCUGCCCCACACCCAAGGCAAGCUUCCUUGCUCUGCCGGGGGGCGGGUGUAAUAGUACAAACACAAUUCCCGACUCUGUGGGGGAAUUUCCUCCCCUUGAUUAACAAAUGUUCCAGAGGAGCCGAACUUGGACGCAUGAAGGAGCUGAACGAAAUUAAUUUUAAAAGCAGGGGAGCAGUGAGAUACCCCACUUCCUUCCUUGUGCUCUUGGCACAAGAUCUCAGGGAUGGAUUGCCCACCCACAAGGGCUUUUAGUGGCCUGAACAGUAAAACCGUGUUCUCACUAGGACCCAGAGUCAGAAAGGCUAGUCAAUUCCACGAGUCACCCAUAAUGCACCAGGCUUUGCGCUGACUGUACCACUGAUUUGGCGGGGUCUGCUUUGCCUCUGCCCCCUGGUCUUGUCGAGCUGGGAGGGGUGGGCCAUAUUUAGCAUCAGAAGUUGGCAACCCGACUUCCAGGGCUGCUAGCAUAGCUGGGCCUCUGGUUACUCGCGGGCUUAGAUUCUUGGCUAAGGUGUUUGGUGGGGAAA